AUGCUGUACCUGGAGCUAGCCGGAUUUGGGUCAGUAGCAUUGAUCCGGUCCUCCGACUUGCGCUUUGAUUUAUUAUCUGCGCUAGUGGAGCGGUGGCGCCCGGAGACCUACACUUUCCAUUUGCCGUGUGGGGAGUGCACGGUGACCUUGGAGGAUGUUGCAUUGCAGCUUGGGCUCUCAAUUGACGGGAGUCCCGUAACGGGAGUAUCUUCAUUUACCGAUCCGGCUGCACUUUGCUAUCAACUCCUAGGAGAGCCGCCAGAGGACGGUGAUAAAUAUUUUUCCGGCAUAAAAUUUACAUGGCUAAAAGCCAAAAUUGGACAAUUAUCAGCGACCGCCACUGAAGGUGAGUUGAUGUGCGCUGCUCGAGCGUACAUCAUGCAUAUGAUAGGGGCAGUAAUCAUGCCUGAUGCAAACAGCGACAGUGUGCAUUUGUCGUACUUGCCCCUGCUAGCUGAUUUGUCCACUGCUAGGUCGUAUAGCUGGGGUUCUGCCGUUCUAGCAACGCUGUACCGGGAGCUUUGUCAGGUGACAGAGCUGCAUGUUAAAGACAUCGGCAGAUGCCUCAUACUGCUGCAGUCCUGGGCGCUUUAUCGGAUGCCGUUUUUGGCAUCCGUUAGUCACCAACCGUAUCUGUAUCCACUGCCACUCAGGUGGACGACCCGUCCAGGCAUUGGGAGGUCGUGUGAUGUCCCGAUAUACCGCCUCAGGAUUGAACAGCAUGCCCGGGAAGGGUUUAUAUGGAUGCCAUACCGGAGGCCAGAAAUUACAAAUGUUGUACCCUCGUCCGCACUCGUUGAUUCCCACAUAUGGUGCACUAACACACUAAUUAUAAAUUUCAACGUCGUCGAGUGGUAUCACGGCGAUCGAGUGCUUCGGCAGUUUGGCUGCAUCCAACCUAUCCCGGAUCUGCCGUGCCAGGUGGGGGAAGAUCACAGCUUGACAAAGAGAGGAAGAUUUCAAUUGGAUUGGGGAAUUAAGUACCGAAAAUUAGUUGCACUGUGGAACGAUCGAUUGCGCCAAAUUCCUCAGAUGGUUAUGGCUACCGACUUGCAACCAUCAUUAGAGUAUACACAAUGGUAUUAUAGUUGCGGGAAGCCAUAUUUACUUGGAGGCCAGUUGACUGUAAUCCCCCCGUACGUGUAG